UUUUGGUCCAUUUUGGAUGGUAGCAAGAGCGCUGUGCAACCCAAGAAAAAUGACCAAACUUCAGUUUUUAAACGUAUUUUUGACUGAGCGUCUCAUGCUUGCUGCGCAGGAGAUCUACAAAUCUGUCGAGGACACGAUUUUGGAGUACCAGGAGGAGAUAGCGAUCAGGGAGCGGGAGAACGACCAUUUGAGACGCAGGCUGCGAGACGCUGGAAUUGAAAUAUGGCCAGAUCGUCCGUCCAUGGCACUGUUGGACGAGGAGGAGGGUGAGCACCCACGUCGUGAGUGGAGUCCCAGCAUGGGGCAUGAAGAGCGCAUCCCCAUUCAGAUUAAGGAUAAAAGAGAUCUCCGGGCCAACCAAGGAGAGGAUCAGCUCCGUGGCCACGGCUCUUGCAGCACACCAGAGAACUUGUUCACUCCCCCGCGUGUUGUUAACGAGUAUCCUCAGGAUGGCCCCCACACAUCCAACCUCCCUCAGCCUCAGAGUCAAGGUGUGGAGAAUAGGGAGAGGGAUCCUGCAUCUCGAGGCUCCUCGAGGCACGUGAAGAUAGAGAGUGGAGGAGGCCACAGAGGCUCGACUUCUUCCAACAGCGGCGCCCAGCCACUCGCACCAGUCAACCCAAACUGCUCAAAUGAGAACAACAUUGACAUUAUCGGGGUGGAGAAUGGAGGACAGAUGGUUGGUGUUAAGGGAAAUGGAAGUGGCGCCAACAGAGGACAGGCCUCUCAAAUACGCAACCAAGGAGCCAAUGCCGUGGACUGCCCUCAUCAAAAAUCCCCCAUUCAAGGCCACAUGUCUUCAUUUUGCUGCAAGGUUUGUGGUGAGGCGUUUAGUCACGUUGGCCACCUGCACGUGCAUGUACAAGUGCACACUCGAGAAAAACCUUAUCGCUGUGGAGUAUGCGGGAAAUGCUGCAGCUCGUCUGGAAGACUCCAGGAGCACCAGCGUAGCCACACGGGAGAAAAACCAUUUCGCUGUCAGAUUUGUGGAAAGGGCUUCACGCAGAUGGCUCACUUGAAGGUUCACAUGAGGAUCCACACUGGGGAGAAGCCAUACAGCUGCCCUGUGUGUGGCAAAUGCUUCAGCCGUUCUGACAAAAUCAAAAGGCAUCUCCAGACCCAUAGCCGCGAGGGAACAUAUUUCUCAGGGCAAUGAUGCUGUUGUGAAACAGCCCAGUUUGUGAAUCAUAUUGAUGAGGGAAACGUCCUACAAAAAGCUAAAAUCGCUGCCAAUAAAACAAGGCUUUUUUUUUCUCUUCCUACUGUCCAAGAACUAGGGAUUCUGCAACUCGUGGAGAAAGUUUCUUAUCUAACCUAACACUGCUCCAUGCCAUAGAAUUUGUAUUAGCCAGUUUAGUAUGUCAUUUACUUAAUUUUGUAUUUGUCACUGAGUAUUACAUCUCUAAGACACAAUUUGAGUUUUUAGCUAGCUUUUCUGAAUUAUCUAGUCUUUCCAUAGUCCUAUAAUUAGCAUGACAAAGUCUUCCACACAUGCCUUGAAACUGAGAUGCAUUGAGAAAUGCAACAAUGUUCAACACGGUUCACGGCGUAUUAUCAACCAGUCGCUUCGUAUCCAUAAGUUUACACUUGAGUUUAAAAUCUGCAUACUUGACUUCUAUCUUGUAAUCGUUAUUUUACGACCUAAGAUUAAGAGUCAGUGCAUGAAGUGAUCUACAUUUUCUCAAUUAACUAGAGAGUUGAUGGUCUGACAAAUGAAGCCUGUGUGUGUCAUCUGCCAGCAACACUGCCAGUAGUCCUUUUUUUUUUUUUUUUUUUUUAAUGAAGCAAUUAAACACUGACACAAAAUUUAGGCUAACAAAAAGCCACUGACAUGUGCCCAUAAACUGUAAGCUUGACUGACUAACUAUGAGAAGUCUGACCUAACACUUUUUCUUCUGAGUACUGUUACAUUGUUGCAGAGCUGAACACUGCCAUCUCACAUUGUCGGUGCUUCAUGUUGUCCAUUGAAAUAUGGAUCAAUCUAUUGUGAGACUGCUCCACUAUUGUGUGAAGUAACGCGAUAUUCUGUAAAAUACCACUGGUCUCGAUCUACCAUUCAUUUUGUGGCGUUUUCUUUUUUUAAUGACAUGCACUAUGGCAUCUGUCUGAAACGGUGCAUAUUUUCACUCUAUAAUAGGGCCCGACAAUAAUUGCUUGAAUCUAUCUGUGGUUCUACAGGGGUUUCAGUCUGCAAAUAUCUCUGUUCACCUGUGUUUCCACCACAAUUUUUCAUUCACAUGUGAGGUUAUUUUUGGAGUGGCCUCGGUUGUGGUCGAUUUUCAAGGUGAUGGUUUGUUUAUUGUGGAAUCGGGUAGUUCCUCUGCUCAUCUUGGACUGACUCCAUGAACAGUCGACCCUACAGUCACCUUUCCUCCUCUCAGGACUAAUGCUGCAUUCAUGACAUGAGGGCGUACCAGAAAUACUAACGUCUGACUUGAAACGGCUCUUGUAAAAGUCAGAAACUCAGGGUUUGUGUCUUUUCCUGUGGAAUUUGUCCCUGAUUGUUGCAGACAUUAACAUGACUUUAUCAAUUCAAAAAAUAACAAUUUGCAUCUGAACCUCCUGCAAGAAGAUGAACUAAAAUAAAAUAUGAAACCUUCA